UAAUGGAGUUCUUCACUCUGUGAUGUUUCUUUAGAGUGUUUAUGAUGAAUUCCUCUCUCUCCAGGCAGAGGGCCAGGAGAUCAUCAGACUUCCAGCUCAUCUGCCCUGAAGGCUCUGCUGAAAUUACUGAAUACCUGAAGUGUCGUUUAGCCCAAGUUCCACCUCACACCGUCAUCACUCGUGCAGGAAAACGAGACAAGGUGGUGUCAUUCCUCAAGGACCAGCAGGAGAAGUUUGGUUAUUCCGGCUCAGACCCUUCCUUCAGGAUUUUUAAGUCUACAGAGGAUGAAAAAGCACUGUUUAAAGAAGCCACCAAAUGUCUCCAGGAGGUAAAACAGAGCUAUGAGAGAUCCCUGGAACAAGAAUACAUAACCUCCAUGAAAUCACUGCACGAAUGUCCAAAGGCCAGGUCUGGUAAAAACACUUCAAUUGUUCACAUUAUACAAUUACUGAUGUGAGAAAAAGAAAGUACACCCUCCUGAUCCUCAUCAAUGUCUAUAAAACAAACAAAUGAAAUAAUCUCUGGUGACCGUUUUUAACAUGUAGUCAAAUAGAGGCAUUAAAGUAAAGCAGCUUUUAGAACCCAGAUGGGAAAAAAUCAGGUCAUCCUUCCAACCUCCAUAUCAAAUCAAAUCAAAUCAAA